GACUCGGAUCAAUUUCGAGAUCAAGUGCUCUCUAAAUUUAGGAGAGAUGAAGUAGGAGAAUUAUGUCGUUCUGAUGAUUUUAUUAAACUUUUAGGAAUGCAAAAUUUUGUGAAAAUUCAGUCAAGGAAAGAGAAGAAAGGAGAACUAAGAGAUGCAAUAAUGGCUGACAUGAGAAAGUUUGCGAACUUGUUCCUAAAUUUUAAAUCCUUAGCACAACAGAAGAAAUGUAAAAUUACAUCUACAGUUGAAAUGUUAAACCGAAAUCAUUUCAUGUUUCUUCGAGAUGCCCUUGACAACAUAACUACAAAGGAGGAUGGGUCUAUAAAGACUGGCCUGAAAGUUUCCUUAGGAUUUCUUUUAAAGAGAUCAGCGAAUGUUUUGAAAGGCCAUUACCUGGUGCAGAAAGCUGAUGACAAAGCAAAGGAGGUGGAAAAUUUUCUCACAGUGCUAUCAUACUUUUGGAAUUCAAUAUUCAGUGACGCACAGUAUGCAAAUGUGAAAGCCAGACAAACAGAUUUGAGGAAGCCUAAACAUUUACCCAUUGAAGAAGACAUUCAGAAACUAAGGAGUUUUAUGAUUGAAGAACAGAAUAGAAUACUAGAUCCUUAUGUACUGAUAAGUAAUCAGGAGUACAUAAUUUUGAGAGAUAUUCUUGUUUCACGCCUUACACUAUUUAAUGCCCGCAGAGGGGGAGAACCAAGUCGUUUACUGCUUAAGGAAUGGAAAGAUGCAGAAAAUGGUGUCUGGAUAGGAGAUUCAGCUGUUCAAGCCAUAGAUGACCCGAUUGAGAAGCGAAUGUUAGGGAACUUCAGAAUAGCCUACCAGUCUGGUAAAAACAUCAAUCAGAUGGUACCAAUUUUAAUUCCAAAUGACUGCCUUGAGGGACUUAGAAAACUGGCAUGCAGUGAAAUAAGAAAAGCUGCUGGAGUAAGAGCAGACAACAUAUUUCUUUUCCCUCUAACACAGAAUUCUGCACAUCAUGUGAAAGGAUGGCAUGCUGUUGAAUCUGUGUGUAAAAAAGCUGAUAUUUUGUCUCAUAUUAAUGCAACAUCAAUGAGACACAGAGCCUCAACAAUAUAUGCUGCACUGGAUAUCCCAGAAAAUGAACGAAGGUUGUUUUAUCAGCAUAUGGGUCACUCUGAAGACAUAAAUAAGAAUGUAUACCAGUGCCCACUGGCAAUUCAGGAAGUGACAAAAGUUGGCAAGUUCUUUGAAAACCUUGAUAAACGUCUUUAUCAUACUUUUGAUGUUAGCAAGUGCAGUUUAACUGAGAUGGAAUCUGCCAAUGAAAUGACAACAGUUCAGCCAACGGAAACACAAGGGCCACUUGAUGAUUCGUGCGUGCCAGGACCUAGCACUGUUACUUCUGAUCCACUUAGAAAACGGAAAGCUGCAAACAAAGUGACAGUGAUUGCCAGUCCAAAGAAACAGAAAACUAAUGGAAGAAGGACAUUAAACUUAGCAAAACAUCAGGAAUGCUUAGAAAUGGAUCAAAGUAGGAGCUGUAGCAAUGACCUGGAUUGGGAGAUGAGUGACUAUGAUAGUGCAGCUGAUAAGGACUACACACCAAGUAACAGUGAUAUCACCACUGAUGAUGAAGGUGAUAGUGACAAUAUUAGUGAUACUGAAGAUAACUGCACAUAUGACACUGCCAGAAAAGACAGACAGAAGAGAAAAGUCAAAGUAUAUUCCUUCAUCAAAGAACAUCCCAAUGUUCUUGCAGACAUCAAUCCAGAGCGUAAAGUCUUGUUGAUACGAACCAAAAUAUACAAUGAACGGAAUAAGCUUCGAAGUAUUGUCAAUACACAGUUAAAUCAAAUGAAGAAAUGA